AUGCAAAUCAAUAAGGCUAAUUUUGACAAUCUAUCUGUGAAUAUUUCUCUCGACGGAGAAGGUUUUCAUGUCCUCGCACUCAAUUUAUCUGAUAAUUAGCAUUCCAUUAUAGAAAAGAUAAUAAAUGUUUUGAGUUUGAGCAAUGAGGAUGAGUUUGAAUUAUACCCAGUUUCUCAACUUAAUUUCACCAAUUAGAUUGGAUUCAGUUAUUAAGAAUUGUCACUCUAUGCAAUGAGUCAAAUACAAAUUGCGAUGUUAAAUCCUUAUCGAGGAGAAUUGAUUGAUUAAGUUAAUUAUGAGUAGUAGAGUGCACUUCACGACAUCAUGCACUCGGAUUUCAGAGAUAUUGCGGUAGACCACGUCAUCAGAAGAAAAUAUAAGUGCUUUUAUACGUCAUGCCGUAAAACAUUCGAAGACACUCAGAGUCUUUUCUAUCAUUAAAAAAUUCAUACGAACAACAAGCCGUUUGAGUGCCCGCAAUGCCAUAAAAGAUUCAUUAGUAAAACCCAUUUGAGAAGCCACUCUGAUAUUCAUUUGGUGAAUAGACCCUACAAGUGCAAUUUCAGAGGGUGCAGCAAGAGCUAUAGCAAGCUAAAUAGAUUAUAAACACAUCUCAGAACUCAUACAAGCGAGAAAAUAUUUAAAUGUCCAGUUGCAGGAUGCCUAAAAUCUUUUAACGAGAAAGGUAUCUUGAAAACUCAUUUGCGCAUUCAUACAGGAGACAAGCCAUAUAAGUGUACUUUUCUCGGGUGCAAGGAAAUGUACUCGACAAAGAGUAUCCUUCAGGAGCAUCUGAAAAAGGUGCACGGAGAGAACAAUGAUAGUUCAGAUCAACACUCUACCUCCACAUUCUAAACAUCUUAAGUAGAGAGAUAGCCUGGACCAUUACCUAGACUCUCAACAUAGUCACUUUGUGAUUUAAAGCUUAAUACUAGCUUCAACACUCAGAGUGGACUUGAUUUUAUAAAAGAAGAAGAAAAGAAAGUUUAAUCCUCAAAGACUCUCUUGCAUUACUCUAAUCUCCCUAACUUCAAGAUCAAGAGUAAUGUAUCAGAACUCUCACCUUAGGUGACUUAGUUUGUAGGCAUUAAUAAAAACCUAAAUAUCCAAAUGAAUUCUCCAUUUGCAGUACCUUAAUAAAAUAGAAAUAAUUCUUGCUCACCAGUUCAAGGCACAGAAGGCAAAAAACAAAUACUAUUUAAUAACCCAAAUACUAAUACACUAGCUUUCAGCUUUUAAUAAUAGCACCCCUAGGAUCUUCUCAAUCAGCAAAUGCUGAGACAGAAGGAAUAAAUCCUCUCUUAAUAUCCUCUAUCUACCAUCAGAUGGGAGCAAACUAAGGUGUCACUUAUAGCAAUAUGGUUAACUCCUUAGCCAAUCAGAAUCCCAGUGGGAUUUUAAAUCAAGAAAGUUAAGGUAUUUAUCAAAACACUUCAACCCUUAUCUGAUAUGCCAAUAACAGCAACAGUAGCAUCAGCUAUCAUAAUUCAAUCAAAGUGCUCAAAACCAACACAUUUAACCCAUUUCCAGAAAUAGUGGGUCCAGUGUCUUCAAUCCAGAAGUCCUUAAUUAAUUACGCGUAAACGGCAAUAUAAGCCAUAAUAGCGCAGUCAGCAGUUUAUAAGCUUAAACUAACUUUAUCAAUUAACACCAAAUGCCUUAAGGAUCGUAGAAUUUUCAAUUAUUGAGCAACCCAAGCUGUGCUCAAGUAGUUUAAUCUCAUUAGACAUAAUGAUAUUACUUACUGUCAAACCAAAAGAAAUGAUUUGA